UCCAGACUCUGACUUUAUUGGCCUGUUUACAAUAGCAGAUAAACACAUAUCCAACUCCUCCAGAUGAAACAUGGGCUUUCUCAAUGCGCCAUGGAGGAUCACCGCUUUCAUUGCAAUUCUGGUUGUGUUCAAGGUGCAAGCUGUUCCGACACGUUAUGGUGGUGAUGCAGAUGCAGGUGAAUUGCGAGAGGAUAUACUUGAGAUCAAUUCAGAAGCAGAUCUAAAUCUCUUUGAGGGAGACAUUGCAGGUGAUCCAAGGCGAAAUGCAAUCCUGGAUGAAACGAGAAGAUGGAAGUUUCCCAUUCCUUACAUCUUGACAGAUUCUUUGGAGCUGAAUGCAAAAGGUGUUAUUCACCAGGCAUUCGAAGCAUACCGCCUGAAAUCCUGUGUGGACUUCAAGCCCUAUGAGGGAGAAAGCACAUACAUCUCCUUCACAAAGCUGAGUGGAUGCUGGUCAUUUGUAGGAGAUGAUAAGGUAGGACAGAACCUCUCCAUAGGGGCGCGUUGUGACACCAAGGCCAUCGUGGAGCACGAGCUCCUCCACGCUCUGGGCUUCUACCAUGAGCAGUCACGCUCUGACAGAGACGACUACGUCAAGAUCUGGUGGGACCAAAUCAUAGAAGGAAAGGAGCACAACUUUAACAAGUAUGAGGACGACUUCAUCACAGACCUGAACACGCCAUAUGACUAUGAGUCCGUCAUGCAUUACAGGCCAUUGUCUUUCAACAAGAACGCCACCAUCCCUACCAUCACCACAGCCAUCCCAGCGUUCAAUGAGAUCAUCGGACAGCGUCUGGACUUCAGCGCAGUAGACCUGCUCAGGCUGAACCGCAUGUACGACUGCACCAAUACACACACUCUCCUGGACCAGUGUUCCUUUGAGCUGAUCAACAUCUGUGGUAUGAUCCAGGGUGAGACUGACGAGGCAGACUGGGUCCAGACCCUGAGCAGCGCUGAGGAGCCAGACCACACACUGGCAGGCCGCUGCAGAGAUGCUGGCUAUUUCAUGAGGUUUGACACAUCUGAAGCAACAGUGGGGAAAAGCGCUCUUCUAGAGUCACGCAUCCUCUACCCUAAGAGGAAGGAGCAGUGUCUGCAGUUCUUCUACAAGAUGGUCGGGGCCCCCGGGGACAGGCUGUUUGUGUGGAUCAGAACAGACGAUGGGACAGGAAAUGUCUGCAGUGUCAAGAAGGUCCAUACCAUUACAGGUGAUGGAGAUGACUCCUGGAAUGUAGCCCACGUGACCUUGAAGGUCAAAGAGAGGUUCCGCUACUUCUUCCAGGGCACGGUAGGGUCCAACAACAAUGCAGAGGGGGCCAUCUUGAUCGAUGACAUCACAUUAACAGAAACCACCUGCCCCAGCGGCGUUUGGAGAAUUCAGAACUUCACUGGCCUGCUCGCCAUAACUCCAGCCGGAGGGCGCAUCAGGAGCAAGCCGUUCUACAGCGCUGAGGGUUACGCUUACGGGAUCAGCCUCUACCCCAAGGGAAGAAACGGCACAUAUCCUGACUAUGUGGGUGUGACCUUCCAUCUAUGCAGCGGGGAGAACGACGGUGUGAUGGAGUGGCCAGUGAUGAACAGGCAGGCUACCGUCACUGCCAUGGACCAGGACCCUGACGCUAAGCUGAGGAUGUCUGCCACCAGAAGCUUCACCACAGAUACUACUAACCCAUAUUGGGUCAAGCCCACCAGCACCAGUGGGGCGGAGUGGGACGUGAGCUCCAACUGCUACAGAGGAUCUGAGUAUGGAUGGACUACGUUCCUCUCUCAUGACCAGCUGCACAGGAGAAGCUUUCUCAAGAACGAUGAUCUCAUCAUUGUUGCCGACUUUGACGAUUUGACCCACCUGGUGAAGAUGGAGGUCCCUGUCCAACCAAAGAGUCCCAGUGGUGACCUCCCAGAGGAGGAGACCCCCAGACAGGAGAAGGAGAUGGCUGACGGUCCCAAACACAGACAGGCACGGGCCGUCCCUAGUGACCUGUGUAGUCCCGACCCCUGCCUCAACGGGGGAGUGUGUGUGGUUGAGAAACAUGGGAAAGCCACGUGCAGGUGUGCCACUGGCCAGGCCACAUACUAUGCUGGUGAGACGUGUGAGAAGCAACAUAUCGAUGGCCGCAUUCUGGGCGUUCUGAUUGGUGGAGCGACAGGGACGAUCGUGCUGACUCUGUCCAUCUUCUCAGUCAUCCGGAGAGUUCACUGAGUCACCAUACUGUGUCACAGCUAUACUUAUGUACCACCUCAAUCCCAAUGCCUCUCUAAGAAACAGUGAUUAUAGAUUGCCACGCGUAUUGUAUAUUUGAUAUUGUUAUUUUGAAUCAAUAAGAACUCCUUGACCAUGGCUGGCAUGCAAUCAAUUCAUUGCAGAGAGGGACUUUUAAUUUAUUAAAUUACUUAUGUUUAUGUUAGGACGCUUGUAAUUGUCUAUAACACGAACUAAAACAACAUUUUGUCAAGUUGCUCAAUAAUUGUUUUUUUAACUAGGCAAGUCAGUUCAGAACAAAUUCUUAUUUACAUUGACGGCCUAAUUGUGCGCAGCCCUAUGAGACUCCCAAUCACGGCUGGAUGUGAUACAGUCUGGAAUCGAACCAGGGACUGUAGUGACACCUCUUGCACUGAGAUGCAGUGCCUUAGACCACUGCACCACUCAGGAGCCUGAAUGAAAUAAUGAAAUAAUUGCUUCUGUGAGA